AUGGUCGAUUUCGCCAAACCACAAUGGGUCUCGAUCAGGAAGAUCAACCCCGCCCCGUACAACCCCCGCAAGCCCCUCCACCCCGACUCUGCUGCAGGGAGGCAGCUCCGAGCCAGCGUAGAAGAAUUCGGUAUGGCGCAGCUACCGGUUUGGAACAAGCAAACCGGCAAUCUCGUUGCUGGUCAUCAACGCCUGAGUAUCCUGAUGGCCCAAGGCGUGACGAGAGUGCUCGUCAGUGUGGUGGACCUCCCGCUGGGCAAGGAAAAGACUCUCAACCUCGCCCUCAACAAUAUCUCCGGCGAGAACGACUCCGAGCUGCUCGCGUCGCUGCUGAGCGAACUAACCGAGUCCGCUGACUUCGAUAUUGAUCUGACUGGAUUCUCUUCAAGCGACAUCGACCAGAUCCUCACAGCUCACGACUCCGCUGGAGAUGAGCAUUCCGAACUCGAUCAACAAGCACUCGAGUCCACUGCUGACUCAAACCCAAUCGCUCAACCCGGCGAGAUCAUCCAGCUCGGUCACCACCGCAUCGCGUGCGGCGAUUGCACCGACGAAUCACUCAUCGAGCGGCUCUUCGAAUCCGAGCGAGCACAUAUGCUCCACACCGAUCCUCCGUACAAUGUCGCCUACAACGCCGCCGACCGACCAACAGGUAAAUCCUCAAGUAACUCCCGCCCAAUCAUCAAUGACAAGAUGUCCGAUGACGAAUAUCGUACAUUCACCGAGUCAUGGAUCUCGAUUGUGAAAGACCACAUGCUUCCCGGUGGUGGGUUCUACAUCUGGAACGGGUUCGCAAACUUUGGAUUCAUGGCCGAGAUGCUCACCCGGCUCAAGCUCAAGCCCCGGCAUGUGAUCACUUGGGCGAAGGAGUCGUUCUCGCCGGGGUUUGGGGACUUCAACGAGCAGACGGAGUUCUGCCUAUAUGGACGCAAGUCCGAUGGCAAGCGGCGAUGGUACGGUCCCAAGAACGAAUCCACACUCUGGUCGAUCCCACGCGACCGCACCACGCUCUACCGGCAUCCCACGCAGAAGGCACUCCCGCUUGCCGAGCGUGCGAUCCGCAACUCCUCCCAGCGCGGCGAGUUGGUCUACGACCCAUUCCUCGGUUCAGGCACGACGCUCAUUGCGGCGGCGCGGAUGGGCCGCCGAUGUUUCGGGAUCGAAAUCGAGCCGCACUACUGCGAUGUCAUCGUGCGGCGAUUCAUCGCAACCGCCGGGCAAUCCGCCGUCAGUAAGGAUGUCCUCGAUCGUUGGUCGCCAUCCACAAUGCACACCCCCACCACUGCGGAGACAUCGGAUGGCUCGGUCGGGAGAUGUGAUCGAACAAUAAGAAGGGAUCUGCAGAAAGUUCGCGCAGACAAUGCAUUACACCCAUCAACUGAUCUGCAAGCCGAGAUCCUGGGGCACUACAAGGCUCAGGUCGACGCCGCAAUGGCAAGACUCACGAAGCUUUCACGCGAUUCGACCGCAUCGGCUGCAGAGAAGAUCGAUGCGGUCCGCAGCGGGGUCGAGAUGUAUGACCGGUUUGUGCAGCGGCUCACCAGCGUUGGGCUCCUCGGAUGCACCCAUUCAGAACCACACGAUGCACGAGCACUCAUCGAGCUGACGCAGGUGAUCGGCGUGGUUGCCACUGAUCUUGGCGAGGACUCGCCGAUGGCUCGCGAGCUUCAGGCCAUGAUGCGUCGGAUCGGGCGCAUUGACGCGUUCGCAAGGAUGUACCUCAGGCACCGGUUCCCACUCCCAUGGAACCGGAUGCACAAUGAGGUUUGCACCGAACUGCAAACCAUCGGUGGUGAUGCGCCAUUACGGCUCGCGGUGAGUGCACCGGACGGAUAUGGGAAGUCAUCAAUCAUCUCAUUUGCAGCCGUGAUCUGGGCACUGGCCUACCAACGAGCACGGUGCAUCGUGAUCGGAUCGAGCUCUCGCAAUGCCGCGGGCGAGCUGCUCGGCGGGAUCGACACCGAGCUGCGCCAGAAUCGAAUGCUCCAACGAGACUUUCCCCAUCUGCGCACCAUUGCACGAUCCUCGGGUGCCAGCGGCUCGCGUGCUUCACCUCCCAGGCUCAUCGUGGUGCCAGGCGUCGCGAAGAUCCAUACCAUCGGCCCAUCGAGCCAACUGACCGAAGUGAGUUUUGAAGGUUCGCGACCGGACUUGUUCAUAUUGGACGAGUUUGAUCCCGGGUUUGAUCCGCAGCACCCCACAGACGAACAGUGUCGGCGGAGCGAACGGCUUGAACAGACUCUCAAACGCCGGAUCAUCGAUCGGUUCACAGAAGCUUCGAUCAUCGUCACCGGCCCGCUGCUUGAUGCGCAUGGAUUGAUGGAUCGCUUGCUUGCACCCCAUACUUCUUCAUUCUGGACACAACGGUUCUAUCCAGCCGUUGAGCUCUACCCAGAUCAGUUUGAGAGGUGGUUCCAAUGGGCGGCGCUUUGGAAUCGUGAUCCGAAUGCUGGCGACUCGUAUCUCGAUCAGCACCGGACCCAACUACUCGAAGGCGCAUCUGUGCUCUGGCCAGACCAUGAGCCGUUUGUGAAGCUGAUGCGGCUGCGUGCCGAGCGCGGUUGGGCGUGGUUUGAUACUUUCCGUCAGGGGCAUCCACCGGGUGGUAACCUGCGGUCGGGAUUCAACAAAUCCCAAUCGUUGUCCUGUGACGAUGGAACAAUGAGCAUCACGCUGAUCGAUGAUGCGGGAUUCCGUCGCUUCCCCCCAACAGACUAUCGCCAGCCGGAGAUCCAGAUUGAACUGAUCAGCGAUGAGGAGGGCCCACAGGGCAAACCACUGCCUGAUUCGCCGGAUAUGGGUGAGAUACAGCCCUUCUAA